CAUUCUGCUCCGCUGUCUACCGGGUCGGUGCGAAACGGACCGAGAGUCGGUGUUUCCCUGGCCGGCUGAGAGGCGUGUUUGUCAGGAUUGAGAGCAGCGCAUCCCCGCCUCUGUCACCCUGCGUGCGGUUACGGGCUCCGCCGUUAUACGCCCCUUGGCGAGAUGUCUUCCUCGGAUGAGGAGAGCCUGAGCGAACGUUCGUGUGUGAGCGAGCGUUCGUUCCGUAGUGAGAGGUCUGGAGGCUCUCUCUCGCCCUGUGCCCACAGCACAGCCGGGCCCAAAGGGGACACUCUGCCGUGGAACCUAUCGAAACAUGAGAGACGCAAGCGCAAGAGCCAGGACUCAGUGCUGGACCCUGCAGAGAGAGCGGUUGUGCGAGUCGCAGAUGAACGAGACAGGGUGCAGAAGAAAACUUUUACAAAAUGGGUCAACAAACAUCUCAUAAAGGUGCGGAAGCACAUCACAGACCUGUAUGAGGAUCUAAGGGAUGGGCAUAACCUUAUUUCCCUGCUUGAGGUGCUGUCUGGUGUCACAUUGCCCAGGGAAAAGGGUCGCAUGCGAUUUCACCGACUCCAGAAUGUGCAGAUUGCCUUGGACUUCCUCAAGCAGAGACAGGUCAAAUUAGUGAAUAUACGCAAUGACGACAUCACAGAUGGGAACCCAAAACUGACACUGGGAUUGAUCUGGACCAUAAUUCUUCACUUCCAGAUUUCUGAGAUCUAUGUGAGCGGUGAGUCAGGUGACCUCACGGCGAAAGAGAAGCUGCUGUUAUGGAGUCAACAGGCCACAGAGGGCUACCCCGGUCUCCGCUGUGCCAAUUUCUCUUCCAACUGGAGCGAUGGACGCUUGUUCAAUGCUCUUCUGCACAGAUACAGGCCGGACCUGAUAAACAUGGAAGUGGUUGCGCAACAAAGUAACCGUGAGAACCUGGAACAGGCCUUUGAGAUUGCAGAGUCCUUGGGGGUAACAAGACUUCUAGAUGCUGAAGAUGUUGAUGUGCCGUCGCCAGACGAGAAAUCUGUCAUCACGUACGUCUCCUCCAUCUACGAUGCUUUCCCCAAGAUCCCAGAGGGUGGAGAAGGCAUUGCAGCUCAUGAGGUUGACCAGCGAUGGACAGAGUACAAAUCUGGCUUCUCUUCUCUGCUGCAGUGGACCAGGCAACAUACGGCCCUCAUGGCCAAUAGGAGCUUCCCCCACAAUCCUGUGGAACUCAAGGCACUUUACAAUGAAUAUGUCCACUUCAAAGAAACCGAGAUCCCCGCAAAGGAAAGAGAGAAAAGCCACAUUGAGCACCUUUACAAGCUUCUGGAGGCAUGGAUAGAGUUUGGGCGCAUUAAGUUGCCUCAAGGGCUACACCCUAAUGAUCUGGAGGAGGAAUGGGGAAAACUGAUCUUGGAGAUGUUGGAGAGAGAGAAAGCACUGAGGCCUGCUGUGGAAAGGUUGGAGUUACUCUUGCAGAGGGCCAAUAAGAUCCAGAACAUGACUCUAGAUUGUGAGGAGAAACUCACACUGGCGAAGAACACUUUGCAGGCUGACAUGUCUCAGCUAGAGAAUGGGCAGCCAGUGCGAUGUGAGAAUGAAUUGGGGUUGUAUCUGCAGGACUGUGAGGCUCUUGUCAGACAGCUUCACCUUGACCUGCAGGUCCUUCGAGAUGAGAAGUACUACCAAGUGGAACAGCUGGCUUUCAGGGUAUCAUGUCUGCAGGAGGAGCUGGUCUCUAUGCGCCUGCAGUGUGCCAGUGUGUACAGGAAGGGUCAUUUCUCCACGGGGGGUCUGCUGGGAGAGCACGUGGGUCAGAAGGGGUCACCAGGAGGUCUGGCUACACUCGGAGCACAGACACUCCUGGGAGCAGUGGGUGCCGCGGCGUCUUUGCUCAGGCGGCCGAUGUCUCGUGCAGAUCUGGUAGCCAUGUCGUCCUCUGAAGAUGAAGGCAGUCUGCGCUUCAUCUAUGAGCUGCUGGGAUGGGUUGAAGCGACACAAGACUUACUGGAACGAGCCGAGUGGGGUUCUGAUCUGCCGUCUGUAGAUCAGCACCUGCAGGACCACCACGUCAUUCACACAGCAGUGGAGGAUCUACUCAGUAGCCUCAAAGAGGCUAGAAAUUAUGAGUCAAGGGUCUCGCCUAAUUUACGUAGCAGUUACUCUGAGACUCUGUCCAAGUUGGAGAACCAGUAUUGCAAACUACUGGAACAUUCGUCAUGGCGACUGCGUUGCCUGGAGAGCCUUCGAGCUUUUGUGUCCCACUGCACCGAGGAGCUGAUCUGGCUCAAUGAGAGGGAGGAGGAGGAGCUGGCCUUCGACUGGAGUGACGGCAACACCAAUAUGGCUGCCAAAAGAGAGCAAUAUGCUGACAUGAGGUCAGAGCUGGAAGAAAAACAGGAAGUGAUGCGCUCCCUCCAGGAGACAGCUGACCACAUGUGUCAAGAAAACCACCCAGCCAAACAAACAGUAGAGGCCUACAGUGCUGCCCUGCAGACGCAGUGGCAGUGGAUUAAAGAGCUCUGCAUAUGUGUGGAGCAGCACCUCAAGGACAACACUGCCUACUUCCAGUUUAUGAGUGAUGCACGGGACUGUGAAAGCUUUCUACGUCAGCUACAAGACACCAUUAAGAGACAGUACACCUGUGAUAAAAACAGCAGACUUGGCAGAUUGGAGGAUUUGCUGCAGGACUCCAUGGAGGAGAAAGAACAAUUGAUUGAAUACCGCAGCACAGUGGCCAGCCUUGUAGGUCGGGCCAAGUCUGUAGUCCAGCUCCGCCCACGCAGUGCAGAGAGUAACCUGGGCACCACCACGCCCAUCCGUGCCAUCUGUGACUACCGACAAAUAGAGAUCACAAUCAGCAAAGGAGAGGAAUGUGUAUUGGAGGAUAACUCUCAGAGGACUAAGUGGAAGGUCAUCAGUCCUCAAGGAAACGAGGCCAUGGUGCCAUCUGUGUGUUUCACCAUUCCUCCCCCUAACCAGGAAGCCAUCGACACUGCCAGCAGAAUGGAGCAGAUGUACCAGAACGUCAUGUCUCUAUGGCACCAGCUGCAUGUUAACAUGAAGAGCGUAGUCUCCUGCCACUACCUGCAAAAAGACAUAAUAAAUAUUUCCUCCUGGAGUCUGGACACAAUGCGCUUGCAGUCCCCAACAGAGAGGCAGCAGGCUUUAAACAACCUGGACGCCCACUUGUCCGACUUCCUCACGGAUAGUCGCGAGAGCGCACUUUUCACACCGACUGAACGGUGUGAGCUAGAGAGAGAAGCUGAGGACUGCCGUGAACAUUGUCAAACGCUGCUGGUUUCUUUGGAGACAGUGGAGAAGGAUGAGUUGGCCUCUCGUGCUUAUCUCUCAGAGCUGCAGAGCAUCAAGUCGCACCUAGAGGAGGCAGAGAGCAGGCUGAUGCACGGCAUACAGACUCCACACCCCAGCACAUUAUCAGGAGAUGUCGCAGACACUGCAGUUCACAUAGCAGAGCAAGAGAAGCUACAGCAGAAUUUAAAGGGUCUUCAGUCAGAUUUGGGUGAGGUUUCUCGUCGCUGCGUGAGCUUCUUUGAGGAGAAGCCUACUUCUUCCAGUGUGCCUGUCUUGCGUUCUGAGCUCAACCUGGCCGUAGAGCACAUUGAGAAACUCAACUCCCUCUCCUCCGUUUAUCUGCAAAAACUGAAGACGGUAGAUGUGUUGAUGAGAAGCCUGCAGGCUGCAGAAAGUCAAGUGAGAAAGAAUGAGAGUCGACUAAGUGAAGAGGAUAUUGUUCCUGCUGAUACUGCUGCAAUCCAGGCCUUGGGAGAGCAAUUAAAGAAAUGGCAUUCAGAGCUGGAGGAACAGGACCACAUAUUCCAGAGUUUGAGUUUAGAGGUCCAGCAGGCUAGAGAGGUCGGAAGCCAGCUCAGCCAGUUACACUCUGACCGCAGCCCUGAACUGGACCGCUACCAGGAGAAAGCACACCAGCUCACUGAGAGGUGGAGCGGAGUGCGCAGGCAAAUGGAGACACGGCAAGCGGAUCUUGAGGUGUUGGGUUCAGUGCUGCAGCAGUACAGAGAAGGGCACAACUCUCUCAUCUGCUGGAUAGAGGAGACCACAGAAAAACAGGAGAACACACAACCCGAGCAGACCGACAGCAGAGCUUUGUCAGAACAGCUCGCACAGCAAACGGCCUUGGUGGCUGAGAUCGAACAGAACCAGGUCAAACUGGAUGAGUGCCAGACGUACUCUAAACAGUACUGCGCUGCUGUUAAGGACUAUGAACUCCAACUUAUGACAUUCAGAGCUUUUGUUGAAUCAACCCAGAAGUCCCCUGUGAAAAGGAGGAGGAUGCACUCUUCAUCAGAUGUCAUCACACAGGAGUUUAUGGAUUUACGCACACGUUACACAGCUCUCGUUACCCUGACAACACAACAUGUCAAGUAUAUUAGUGAUGCACUACGACGAUUGGAGGAGGAAGAGAAAGAGGUGGAAGAGGAGAGGCAGGCACGAGUGGGGCAGGUCUCAGAGAUGCUUGGCUGGGUCAAGGGCCUACAGGAACGCGCUGGAAGAUCUGCCGAGCCAUCACUUGCUGCCCAGCAGGCUAUUAGUGAGCAGUUAGCAGCUAAAAAAGAGGAAGUUGCUGAGGCUAUCAGGAGCACAGAAGUCUUCCUGAUGUCAAAGCAGGCCAGCAAGCUAUCAUCUGAAGAGCGUGCCCAGGUGGUCUCGCAGCUGGAUGAGCUGAAAGCCAACUACACUCAACUGUGUGACAGUUCUGCCACACAGUUGCAAAAACUGGAGGAGCAGCUGGCCAAAGAGGAGAAGCACAAGGAUCAGAAAGUCAUCGCUGGAGUAAUUGACCUUGGCACCAUGGAAACCUUUCCAGUUUUUCAGGCAGCACAGCGUGGCCUCAUAGAUCAAGACACCUGUCAUGUACUGUUAGAGGCACAGGUUGUCCUGGGUGGUCUACUUCAGCCUGACUCGCCUGAUUACCUGUCAUUAGAUCAAGGUCUUUCCAGUGGUUUAAUUGAUAAACAUGCCUGGCAAUCACUGAAAGAUUUAGAGACUGCCCUUUGUCUUGUCAACACAGCAAAAUUUGCUGAGUGUCUGGAAUUACCAGUAGCCACUGCUGUGAAAGAAGGUGUCAUACAGGAGCUGGUGGGGCUCCGUAUACUUGAGCUGCAGAUAAGCACUGGCGGCCUGAAGGUUGGUUCCAAUGGAGAAAUGAUCAGCCUGGAUAAUGCAAGGCAGAAGGGAUUGCUAUCCACUGAUCUUUGUCAAAAGCUGCAGUCCUGUCUUUACCGACGAGAACUUAUUGAUCCAAAUACGGCAGAAAAACUAAGUCUGGUUGACUUUCAACAGCGUUGUGUUUUCAAUCAGGAGACGGGUCUGCGCUUUUUUCCAAUUAAACAGAAACCAGGAGGAACUGUCUGCUUAUGUUCUGGCAGAAAGGUGGGAAUAUUCCAUGCUGUUCAAGAGGGCCUCGUCGACCGCCAUGUCGCAGUUCGUCUUCUGGAGGCUCAGUUGUUUGCUGGAGGUAUCACAGAUCCCCGGUCAGGACACAGAUUGACCGUUAAUGAGGCUCUCCGACAUGGUCUGAUGGAUCAGGACUUGGCCUGCACCCUCAUGACACGACAACUUCAAGCAGGGGGAAUAAUAGAUCCAGUCAGUGGGGACCGUCUAGAGUUGGAUGAGGCCAUUCAAAGAGACCUCCUCUCUCGUCGCAUAGCCUUACGUGUACUGGAAUCUCUACAGUCUUUUUCAGUUAUACUGUGGCCAGAAUCAGGAGAGCUGCUUACUGUAAGUGAGGCACUUCAGCAGGGUGUCGUCAGUAGAGAGCUUGCUGCAAAGGUCCUGAGAAAACGUUGUUCUGUUGGUGCGGUAUAUCUGCCUGAGAGUGGACAGGUGGUCCCUCUGCAUCAAGCUGAGAAGAUACUUCAGCCUCAGGCACUGGAGAUCCUAAAACAGACCCAGGUUCCAGAUGUCCUUUCCCAUGUGACUCAGUCAAGUUCCUCAUAUAUGAAGCGAUUGAGUUCAGGAUCAUCACCCCCUGCGUCAUGUGCAGGUUUCAGUUAUGAUUUUUCCAUCACAGGGGAAGGCAGGUCAGAAGAGCAGGUUCAAAACCAACUUCUCACUCAAGUUAUGACACACAGCUACAUUGAUGCUCACUCAGGAGAACGCCUAGUACUACUGGAACCAGAAUUGGUAGAACUAUGUGAAAAAGUUAAAACCACAAACCUUGCCAGACAGGUCCAACAAAAAAUCUCUGACAACAUUAGAGUUUCUGUGGACAGCAAAGCUAUGGGUGGGAUUGAAAAGGAUUUGGAAGUAAUUGAAGAACCAAAUAUUAUACAAUAUGAAACUGCCUGCAAGGACUCUAUGGAAGAGACUAUAGAAGUGGCAGGGGAAGAUAUUGCACCCUUGGUGGUCAAUGAAAGAAACUUAAUAGAGACUUUGGUUUUGCAAAACAAAUUUCUGUCUUCAGAAGAGCUUGGUCAACCCAAGAUAAAAGGUCAAAUUGCCUUCAAGAUCACUAAUAUAGGAGAGACAAUAGAAAGAACAGAAGAACAUCUUGCACUGCUGACAGAAACAAACGGAGCCUUUAAAGUGUCUUCAAAUGAAGUGAUUAGGCAAGAAAAAGUUUUGUCCUCGAGAGACUAUGUAGAUGUUAAAGAUGACAUUGACAGAAAGAACACUGACAUGAGUAAGACUACAGAAGGACCAGGGGAAGAACUUGCAUGCUCGACAGACACAGACAACAUUUUUAUUGAGCCUUCACAUGCAGAGGUUUGGCAAGAGAAAAUUUUGUCAUCAAGAGAAGGUAAAGAACCCAAAAUUAAAAAAGAUGAAUUUGAGAGCAAGGCUGAUCUGGUUGAGACUGUCAAAAGAGCAGAGCCUUCACAUAAAGAGGACUGGCAAGAGAAAGUUCUGUCACCUGAAGGAAAUGAAGAAGGUCAAAUAGCUUGGAUGGACACUGCAAUACAGAGUGAGACAUUAGAAAGAGCAAAGGAAGAUCUUGCACCUUUGACAGGAGCAGCCAGAGCUUUUAUAGAGCCUUUAUAUAAAGAUAAAGUCCUGUCAUCAGGACAUUAUCAAGAGCCCACGAUUAAAAAAGAUGAAACUGCCUGCAUGGGUGAGAUGAAAGAAAGACAAGAGGAAGAUGUUGCAGCUUUGACAGUCUCAGAAAAAGCAUAUAUAGAGCCUAUGCAUGAAGUUGUUUGGCAAGAGAAAGGUCUAUCAUUAGGACAAUAUGAAGAACCAAUGAUUAUAAAAGGUAAAAUUGCCUGGAAGAACACUGAUAUUGGCGAGAGAAUUGAAAGAACACAGGGAGAUCUUGCACCCUUGACAGGCGCAGAGGGAAAUGUAAUGGAGGUCUGGCAAGAGAAAGUUCUGUCAUCAGGAAAAUGUGAUAAACCUAAGGUUAAAAAGGAUGAAAUUAACAGGAAGAACACUGAAAUGGGUGAGACUAUAAAGGAAUCAAAGGAAGAAUUUCCAACCUUGACAGGCACAGAAAGAGGUCAAAUAGAUUGGAUGGACCCUGCAGUACAGAGUGAGACAUUAGAAAGAGCAAAGGAAGAUCUUGCACCUUUGACAGGAGCAGCCAGAGCUUUUAUAGAGCCUUUAUAUAAAGAUAAAAUUUUGUCAUCAGGACAUUAUCAAGAGCCCACGAUUAAAAAAGAUGAAACUGCCUGCAUGGGUGAAACUAAAGAAAGACAAGAGGAUGAUGUUGUAGCUUUGACAGUCUCAGAAAAAGCAUUUAUAGAGCCUAUGCAUGAAGUUGUUUGGCAAGAGAAAGGUCUAUCAUCAGGUCAAUGUGAAGAACCAAUGAUUGUAAAAGGUAAAAUUGCCUGGAAGAACACUGAUAUUGGUGAGAGAAUAGAAAGAACAGAUGGAGAUCUUGCACCCUUGACAGGCGCAGAAGGAAAUUUAAUGGAGGUCUGGCAAGAGAAAGUUCUGUCAUGAAAAUGUGAUAAACCUAAGGUUAAAAAAGAUGAAAUUUCCAGUGAGAACACUGAAAUGGGUGAAACUAUAAAGGAAUCAAAGGAAGAAAUUCCAACCUUGACAGACACAGAAAGAGCCUUUAUAGAGCCUUCACAAGAAGAGUACUGGCAAAAGAAAGUUCUGUCUCCUGAUCAAUAUGAAGAAACCAAGAUUAAAGCUAAAAAAAGUGCCAGCAAGAAGACAGAUAUGGGCAAGACUAUAACAAGGACAGAGGAACACCUUGCACCUUCGACAGGGACUGGCCAAACCUUAAUAGUGCCUUUGCAUACAAGCUCAACCCUACCAAAGAAUAUAUCAGAUAAAAGAAUGUUUUCUCAAAAUCAAAUUAUAGAUUCAACUCUAAAUGAAUCUGAAAAUAAACAAACACUUGAGCUGGAACAAUCAGAGAGUAGUGAGAGAUUACUAGAGAUGACUGAACAAAAAUCAUUUGACAUGGGUGAAAGCAAUGUACACUCUUCAAUCCAAGAUACUGUAAAAUUAGGACAAUAUGAUACGCUAAAUAUCAAGUCAGAUGAAGUCAAGACUGCAAAACAGACAGAAGAACUAAAGGACAUGGUUGAACAAGAGGUAAAUAACGACAUCUUUGAUAAACCUGAUGAAGAUGAGAAAUUAUGCCCUUCAGAAAUUAAGACUUUGCCUGUGGAACUAAGUGAUGAUGAUGUGAAGCUUGAGAGUAUGGCUAUGGAACUGCAACAAGGUGGUCUUAUAAGUGUAGGUGGCCAAAAAGUUCUCUUGGAUGAAGCUCUGGCAAAGGGUUUGCUUCCAGGACACACUGCUGUUAAGCUUAUGGAAAAAGCUGGUCUCUUUAAUGGUUUUCUGGAUAGCAAUGCCUCUAAGUCUCUUAGUGUUGAGGAUGUGAUACAAGAAGGCCUGUUGGAUGAGGACUUGAUGACCUGUGUAUUUAAUUCAGAAAAGAUUUUAGCCGGUGUCAUUGAUGUGGAGCGCGGUCGACUCUGCUCAAUUAAGGAUGCUGCUGAAGCUGGCCUGUUGGACUCCGAUACUGCUUCUCGUCUCCUUGAAGCCCAAGUCGUGUCAGGGGGAAUAGUUGACCUGCAAAGAGACAAGAAGGUAUCAGUUACCCUUGCAGCCAACCUUGGGUUAAUUGAAGAGGGUAGGAAGGAGAAGCUUCUUGCUUUGGAAAAGUUGUCGGGGAAAUGUUCAGAUCCAAAUGCAAUGCAAACCAAGUUAGCACUACAGUUACAAAUGAAAGGGGUGGUGGACCCAAAAACCAAAAAGACAGUCCCAAUGGAACAAGCUCUUCAAAGUGGCAUAAUUGGUCAAAAUGUGGCGCAGACGAUUUUAAGUCAGCAGAUUGCAGAAGGUGGCAUUGUGCAUCAUGGCUCUGGUGUUCGCCUUACUGUUGAGGAUGCGCUUGACCUUGGUCUCAUGGAUCACACAAUUGCUCCAAAAUUAAAAGCACUGGAAAAAGCUUUCAAGGGCCAGGCACCAACUAAUUUAGAUCCAGAUGCUUCACUUCUUCAAGCAUCUACAGGUUCCAUUUAUGAUGAUGCAUCAAAAAGCAGGCUUACUCUGAGUGAAGCUGUUUCUAAAGGCCUUCUAGAUGAUGAAACGGCAAAUAAAGCUAUGGACUUACCAAAUGUGAAAAGCGGAUUGUUGGACCCUCAUAACGCUCAUAUAGUGCCCUACUGUGAGCUGAUAAACCAGGGUAAAAUUGACAUUGAGACAGGACAGAGAUUCCUUGAAGUGAGACAUUUCAGUGGUGUUCCACAUAAACAAACAAAUGAAAUGAUGACCUUACCACAGGCAAUUAAAGCAGGCCAAGUGGAUCCCAUACCUGCAGCAAGAGUAUUGCAGAGUCAAGCAGAUACAGGUGGUAUCAUUAACAUUUACAGUGGAGAGCGUUUGCCUCUUCUAGAGGCUAUAAAUAAAGGCUUUGUCGAUAAAGACAUGGCUAAAUGUAUUGCAACAAAUCAAGUCUUAAAAGGGGGGCUGCUCAAUCCAUCCAGUGGACAGAAGGUCCCCAGCAUCACUGAGGCAAUUGGAUAUGGGCUUAUAUCCACAGAAAUGGCUGCUGAACUUCAAUAUGACAUGUACCAUGUAGAUGAAAAUGAGAAGAAAAGUUCGAGAAUAUCAUCCUCUUCAACAAAUGGAACCCCUUGUCCUCAUCUUCCUGAGAUGGUAUCCGAUCAGGUCAGCCCUAAUAAAAUGUUACCUGAGAAAAAUCUAUUGAGUAUACCAUCACCAUAUCUUGGAGAGGCUGAGAUAAAAGAUCCAGAUCCAGAGCUUGACCUUGACGUUGUUCCUGAUUCAGAAAGCAAUGAACAAUCGGUUGAUGCAGUGAUGGAGGACAGAAAUGAUGCAUCUUUGGAGGUCCUUACUGAAUUUGCCUUGAAAGCAGAGAAAAGACUUCAUCAGGCCAUUAAAGAGAUAGAGCCCAUGAAAAGCAAAGAUAUCAAGUCACAGUCAAUCCAAAGUCCUGAGCAACCCCAAGAGAUUUCUGAGGUUACGAACUCAGCAGCUUCACAUGACCACACAAUAGAGAUGGAAAUCCAAAGGCAGACUGGAUUCAAUGAAUCUGCAAUUGCAAAAAAUGAAUCCACAAAUAACAGCAAGGAACAGGUCCCAUCUACAGAGCAAAUAAAAGGAGAGACAGAGAUUCAAAGACAGACAGGAAGUAAGCCUGCAACCUCUAAAGUCAUUUUCUCAGACAGUGAUGAUGGCUUGCAAAACAAGGAACAAAACCCAUCUAUAGAGCAAAUAGAAGGGCAUAGUUUUAAGCUAGAAGCAGAUCUGUUGUUGUCCAAAGCAGAGGGAAUUAAGGACAGACAGAAGACUGGUUUGGAUCCUUGUGCUUCAUCCACAAGGACAGUUAAGGGACCAGGGAAGAAGAAAGGCAGAGGGAAAAAUAGUAAGCAAGCUAAAGUAGAAAAUGCUGAAAAGCCACAAGUUUCAGACACCUCAGCCAGAAUUUUACCUAUAGACAGUUUUACCACUAGUCAAAAGCCUAUUAUGAAAGACGACAAAGAGAAGGUGAUCGAAGUACAGCUAUCAGAGACAACCCAUGCAAGUGGUGGUAUUGCACCUGUGCCAGAGAGCGAGAAUGUGCAAGGCAAAGAUUUGGGAAUGGGGAUGGAUAGAACUUCUAAUAUAACUAAGACCCCCAAACGUGAGUCUGAUCAUGAAAGCAUUGCAAAUCAGAAAGAGAAGACUCUAAUACAGCAUAGUGUCAAAACUAGAAAAAAAACAGACCCGGGUCAGGAAGUUAUUGAGGUAUUUAAGGACCUUGGCACUGAGAUAUCAGAAAAGAAGAGGAAGAAGAAAAGUAAAAAAGCUAAGCAAGUGUUUAUUGAAGGACAAGAGAAAAGAGAUGAUGAGACUCCUAAAGAGCAGAAGACUGUGAUCCCUGAGGCCCAACCUCAAAGCAAUCAGUCAGAUGAGAAAGAAAGUGAGAAGUGUGAACUUGAGAAAGCCAACCAGGCAACGGCACAGAAGGAAAUACUUUUGAUGAAAGCCAAGGAAAGCAUUCUUAGGAAGGUGUUUGAGAGAGGAGUUAGUGAAAAACAAGCUGCUGAAGAAUUGGAAGCAAUGCGUCAAAUAGCCAAUAAUGGAGAACGCUGCACGACCACCCAAGAGGAGACUUUUGUAGAAAAGACAAGCAUUAAGCCUUCUCAAAGUAAAGAGGAGGGCAAUAAGCUACAGCAAGUGGGACAAGAAAUUAAAGAAAGGGUUGAAAUGUCAGUGCCAAACAUUGCAGAGGAUGUUCUACCUGGGUCUGAUACUAAUGCAUGCUCCUCAGUUAAAAAACAGGAAGAAGAUCAACAUGAUAUGAAUCAGAAUAUUCCAUCUAAAAAUAUCUCUAAUGACAUAGUAGAUAUGAACCAGAAAGAACUGGUUCCAAUCCAUAAUUUAGAAGGGGAAAACAAAGAAAGAACAGCAGAAGAACAAAGUAUUGAGCCAUUAUAUACAGAAGAUGAGAAGUUGAUGGACUCCAAUAUUAAACUGACCUUGCCAUCAAGCAUUGCAGUGACUGACAAUGUUGUUGCUAAAUCAGCACCCCUCAAAUGUGUCCCAGUAAUGAAGGUCUCCAAAGAGCUUCUGUCAAAUGAGGUGUGUACUCCAUUACAAAUUGACAAAACAGCAAUGAAGAAGGCAAGGAAUGAAGUUCAUCAAGAAAGAGACAAGGAGCCCUCUUUCAGAGAUUAUGAAGCCACAGAUAAACCUUCUAUUCAAGAAUGUACAAUUUCCGGACUACCCCUUAUGGAGGUGAUCCCAGAGUCUGAUAUCACACAGAAAGAAGAUGUGGAGGAAAAUGCAGAGGGUUUAGUGGAGAGGCAGACUGAAGAAAUUCAAAAAAAUGUUGAAGAAAUAAGCAGGGACACUACAAAAGCUAGCAAGUCCUCACUAGCCCGACAAGAGUGCUUAGAGCAUGACCAACAGAUUGUGGCCUUGCUCUCCAUGGUAAGACACAUCGAAGUCCGCCUUAAGCAGCAGCAACAGCAGUCUGUUGGUCGAAGUCUCUCCACACUGGAUGACAUAAUCAGACAGACGAAGGUUCUUUUCCUGGAAAUUACUGACUUGGAACCAGAAGUGCACAAGGAGACUAAAGCUGCCACACAGCUACUGGAGUCUCACCGUCAGGAUGUUCCUCCUCAGCUGCUUAUGGCCCUGAACAAAGAUGCGCGAAACUUAGCCCGGGCUUACAAUGCAUCCAAGGACCUUGCCAAGAAUACUUUGCAGGGGUUACAAGCACAACGUGAUGCACAAAACGAAGCUGUAAGCAGUCAGCUGAAAUCUUUGGAAGAGCAAAUUGACAACCUUCUCAUGUGGCUUAAGGAGACUGAGACACAAAUGCAGGAAGAAACAGGGGCAGAUGGACUGACAUUGGCAGAGAACACUCGGAAACAACAGUUGUGCAAGCAUAUACAGAAUUCUCUCGCUGCCCGAUCCAAUGAAGUCAGCAAUGUGGCUUUCAAUAUUCAGGUGUUUAUCUCUGAGCAUGCACAGGACUUGCUGCCUGAUCAGAGCAGGCAUCUCCUUGGACAGCUGGAGAAGCUACAGAGGGUCUUUCACCAGGCUGUUGGUCUCAGUCAUGCCAGGGCAGAGGCACUAUCGGCUCAGCAGGCGAUAGAGAAUGAACGACUGAAGAAAGAACUGAAAGAAAAAGAAGAGAAAAUGGAAAAAGAAAAAGAAGAGAAAAUGGAAAAAGAGAGACAAACAAGGGAUAGAGAGGUAGUGCAGCAGCAGAAGGCAGAAUGCUCUCAAAAACUGGAGAAUCUCACAAUGUGGUUGGCGGGGGCUGCCAGCCUCCUGGCCAAUCAGAAAGUUGGGGUUGAGUCAGAUGACGUGAACGCGUUACAGCAGAAGCAAAGAGAGCUAAAGGAGGCAGAGAAGGACCUUCAAAUCAAAAGUGACUUGUUGACUGAUACGAUCCGUUCAGUGGAGGAGUUCCUGUCUGACCGGGGUGACAGUCUGAGUCCUGAAGAGAGGGCUAAACUACAAGGGGCUCUUUCACAAAUGAAGGAGCAGCACAGCUCACUUACUAAAUCAAUCCACUCCUCACUAGCUCAAGUAGACACUGCCAUUGUCACAACACUGAAACAGAACACACAAAGAGCUAAAGCUGAGGAGCAGAUGCAGGAGACACAGGAAAGUAUAGAUACACUUCUCAGAGAAUUGUCAUCAUUGGACGACUCAAAGAGGAGGUCAUUUGGUGUCACCGUCACUGACAACCCCACAUCUGUAACACAAGAGAAUGCUCUGAAUUCUCACAGAGACGUGCUUCAGACCGAGCUGCAGCAGUUACAAGCUCAACAGGCUCACCUUCAGCAGGUGGCCCAGUCUGUCCGCUCCCUCCUGGAGCAACCCGACUCCAGUGUGCCACCGGAGGAGAAACAACGAUUGCGAGCAAAGCUGGACCGACUACAGAGUCAGCAUCAGGAGCGUCUCCAGAAAUGUCAGGACAGACUGAGGCAGGUAGAUGCCCUCAGAGAUGAGUUUGCUAAGUUUGUGCAGGAGCAUGGAAACCUGGGAACAUGGCUUGAUCAGAGUGAGCAAGAGCUACAUUCUCUUGGGGAAGGAGAAACAGAUGCAAAAGGCCUAAAAGACAGGAUAGAGGAGCACAAAAAGCUUGCAGAAGAUGUCAUCUGUCACAAAGCAGACCUACGUUUCGUGUCUAUCUCUGGUCAGAAGGUUCUGGAUUCUGUCCAGGGUGCCCUGGAGAGGGUGGGCAGUACUGAUCCAACUCUGGAGGUAACCAGACAGCUAGUGAGUGACAAACUCCAAGAUGCAACCCAGCGCUACAAUUCCUUGCACAGCAAGUCCUCAGAACUCGGCACCCGUCUCUCAGGUCUUCAGGAGCGAUACCAGCACUACCAAGAUGAGGCUGCUUCUUUAGACACUUGGCUAAGAACUCGGGAGCAAAAUCAGAGUGUAUUUAAACCCAGUGGAGAGCAAUCAGACACCCAGACAUUGCAGCGCACUCUCAGUGCUGUACAGCUGUUGCAGGAUGAGUUGGCGGAGCGUUCGGUACAGCUUGAGAAGGUCAAGAGAGCAGGAAAAGAUCUGGUCAGCACUCAGGAAUCCCCAACUCUCAAAAAUGCAGAUAUUAACAAUAUUACAGAUGCUUUGGAAAAGCGCUUUGAAACCCUGUCUGAUUCAGUAUCAGUGAGAGCAAAACAGCUUCAAACAGCUGUUGCCCAAUCAGUCAGCGUUCAGGAGGGUCUUAAAGCACUGCUGGCAUGGUUAGAUGGCCUACCGUUAUCACCUGGAUCAGUCCAGCCCACUGCUCAAGCAGUUCAGGAGGCCCUGACACAAAAUCAGAAAAUACGCCAGGAGCUUCUUUCGAGGCAGGGAAGCGUGGAUGCCACCUCGGACUCCGUGUCCAAGCUCCUAAAGUCUGGAGAUGCAUCGACAGCAUCUGGCCUGCAGGAGGCACUGCAGGACUUGAGUCAGCGCUAUACAGCAGCCCAGGCCAAGCAAGCAGAUAGAGAGACUGAGUUGCGGGGACUUUUGCCCAAGUUGGAGAGUUUUGAGCGACAGAGCGCAGACCUCCGCAGCUUUGCGCAGAGUCGAGAAACGGCUCUCAGCCCAGUGGGGCAACCAGACUGCAGUGUGGAUGACUACAGACAGACCAUAGAGGAGGUGAGAUCAGAAGUUACCCAAGAGUCAAGUCAAUUAAAAGCAUUUGUUGAGCUUGGUUCAGACCUAAGCCAAUCUGGGAUCCUUGCCAAUGCACAAAGCCUUCUGGACACCACCAAAGAGGUUUCUGAGGACUUUGCACACUUGGAAUCUAAUGUCAAUGAGAGAUUUGAUUCCAUCCAGAGCUGCGUUCAGCAACUGGCGGAGUUUCGGUCGCGCUCUGGCUCCCUCCUCAGGUGGCUGCAGUCGGUACAAGAGCAACUUCCUGCCAAAGAGCCCAACCUAAGCACAGAAGGCCUGCAGAGAAGAGCACAGCAGCUUAAAGAUUUGCUCUCAGAAUGGGAGACCCAAGGAAGCCAAGUUCAAGAGUUGAACAAGACCAGUUCACAACUUGAGAACUUGAUUAUCAACAUCACAGCCCCCAAAAACAAGGCUGGUGUUUCCCAGCUCAAUGGUGCUUCCAGCCCCAACAGUGUUAAUGGCAUUCACACCUGUAAAGACUUGACUGAGAUCCAGGUGGCAGUGGCAGAUGUGAACUGCAAGUAUGAGCAGCUGGGCAGUGACCUGAGGGAGAGGAAGGGUAGGCAUGAGGCCUCUCUUGACCUGCGGCAGAAGGCCAGGCAAAGCACUGAGGCUCUCGUCCAGUGGCUAGGUCCCCGCGAACAGAGCCUGGCACAAGGGCAGACCGCCUCUCCCUCACGGCCAGAGGUGGUGCGUGCUCAAGCCCAAGAGACCAAGGUUUUAAUUUCUGAGCUUGCAGAGCAUUCUGGGAAAGUGGAGGAUCUCAAGAACAUUCUGAAGCAGCUAAUAACAGAUAAUCCAGACUCUCCUGAAGCUGAGACAUGGAAACGUCAGCUUGAAGACAUAGACUCACGGUGGAUGAAUGCCAAUCAGAAUGCAGCACAGAGGCAGACUGAAUUGGAGGCGUGUGCUGAUAGGCUGGGUAGUUUUGCAACAGCAGCCAGUCAAUUAGGACCAUGGCUACGAGAGAAAGAGCUGAUGAUGAGUGUAUUAGGCCCACUGAGUAUCGACCCAAACAUGCUCAACACACAGAAACAGCAAGUGCAGUUCAUGCUACGUGAGUUCGAGACACGGCAACCCCAGUUUGACCAGCUGACUCAGGCGGCAGAGGGAAUCCUCUCUCCGACAGGAGACGAUGGUUCUAGAGAUGAACACGACCUAGAGGAGGUGAGGCAGGAGCUGGCAGACAUUUCAAAGCAGUGGGGAGACCUCACCUCUCGCCUCACGGGCCGCUCGCAGAAGAUCGACCAGGCACAGGGAACCAGCGAGCGCUACCUAGCCCUUCUCAGGGAGCUGUCUCAGAGUGUGGCCAAUCUAGGGGAGAGGCUGGAUGCGCAGGCCUCUCUAAGCGCUCAACCCGAAGCCCUACGUCGUAGGCUUCAGGAAACAGGGGAGAUCCGCUCUGAGCUGGAACAGAGACGGGGUCAACUGGCCCAGGCUGAGCAGCUGUGUGAGGAGCUCAGCACAAUUGUGGCCGAACCGUAUCUCAGAGAUGAGUUGCACAAGAGACUGGAGAGUGUGAGCGGCCCCCUCAAGAACCUAGAAGAACGGGCUGCUGAUGGCUUGUCCCAGCUGCAGGCCGCCCUGUCCAGCACUCAACAGUUCCAACAGAUGUUUGACGAGCUUCGUGGCUGGUUGGAUGGGCAGGAUGGGAGUCACACAGCUGGUAUUUCUGAUGCUCUCCCUUGCCAACCUGACACUUUGAAGACCCUUCUCGCCCAACAAGAAGAUCUCCAGCGAGCCAUGGCACAACAACGUGGAUCCUACGAGCUCAUCCAGGCCGAGGGGGCAUCUCUACUGGCAUCCCUCCCUCCUGGAGAUGAGCGAUUAGCCCUACAGACUCGAUUAAACACCUUACGGCAAGACUGGGAGGGCAUGAACCAGCAAACCACUGAGAAACACUGUCGAAUAAAAGAGACGCUGUCCCGUGCUGAGCUGUACCAACAACAUCACAAUGAGCUUGUGCCUUGGGUUGCAGAAUGUGAGGAAAGGGAGGCAGAGAUCCACCCAUCACUGGAUCCCGCCGCCUUAGACGAGGCUUUGCAAAAGGCUAGACAGUUGAGCAUGGACUUAGAUCGCCGUCGCCCCCUCUUAGAGUCUCUGAACGCGGCAGCAGAUCAGCUGCUGGAGCAGAGCUGCGUUGGUGAAGAAGAAGUGAGGGAUGAAAAGGCUCAGCUUAACCGCAGGGUAGACGGCCUCUCUGAGCGACUACAGGGACGCACGGCUCAGCUAGAGGAGUUGGGAAGCAGACUGAAGGAGUUUGAAGAGGGCAGACUGGCUGUGGAGAGAAGGCUGGAAGCAGCCAAGCAUCAGAUCGAGGUUCAGGAGGCACUUGGGCCACAAGCUUGUAGCAACAAAAGCCUGGAGCGUUUGCGUAGCCAACAGGAACUGUUAAACUCUAUACAGCCGCAGGUGGUGUACCUGCGAAACCUGGCUCAGGGGCUGCUGCAGGACGCACCCGAGAUAUCCGGGGCCGGCGAAGAUGGCGGCCAGAGGCUAAUGCAGCAGGCUUGUGAUACCGAAAAAGAGUUUGAAGAAGUUACUGAGAAGACUGAGCAAUGCUGCUCAUCCUUGGAGUCCCGGUUGCAGGGCGUGGGAGAGGUCCAAUCACAUGUUCGAGAUAUUUUCUCCCGCCUGGCUGAUUUGGAUGAUGAACUGGACAGCCUUAGCCCUGUGGGACGAGAUGCUGACUCCUUGGCUUCACAGGCCGACGCCGUCAGGGGCUUCCUGAGCCGACUUGAUGCCCUCCGUGCCGAGCUGGAGAGUCAUGGUGGGGAAUGCACAACUAUGCUGCGCAGAGAGGGGAGCUCUCCCGAUCUUCUGGCCCUCAGGAGAGAAACCGAAGCCCUAAACCGACAGGCUGGCAAGCUGAAAGAGCGAGGCCAGAACCGUCUGGCACUCAUAGGAGCAGCAGAAGAACGCGUUAAGGAGUUCUACGCCCGACUGGCAGACCUACAGGGGCUGCUGGGACGGGCUGAGGAGGUGCUGAACACACAGGCCGUCGUUGGGACAGAAGUGGAGGUCAUUAAACAGCAACUUCAAGAAUUUAAGGCAGUUGAAAGGGAGCAGUUUGACAGCAUUCAGCCUAAACUGCAGCAUGUCAAUGCAGUGGGUCAAGGUCUUAUCCAGAGUGCAGCCAAACACACCGACACUCAGGCACUGGAACAUGACUUGGAGACCACCAACCUGCGCUGGAACUCCCUCAACAAGAGGGUUGCUGAAAGAAUCGCACAGCUGCAGGAGGCCCUGUUGCACUGUGGGAAGUUCCAAGAUGCUCUAGAGCCACUCUUGAGCUGGCUGAGUGACACAGAGGAGCUCAUAGUCAAUCAGAAACCUCCAUCCGCUGAGUACCGUGUGGUCAAGGCACAAAUUCAGGAGCAGAAGCUGCUGCAACGGUUGCUGGAUGACCGCCGUGGGACGGUAGAGAUGAUCAGGGCAGAAGGAGAGCGUAUCGCUGCUACGGCCGAGACGCAAGACAGAGACAAAAUCCAGAAACAACUUAAGAGCCUAGGAGAGAGAUGGACAAACCUGCUGGAAAAGGCCAGCGCCAGGCAACGGCAGCUAGAGGAGCUGCAGGUGUUGGCGCUGCAGUUCCACGAGGCCGUGGAGCCCCUCGGGGAAUGGUUGAGCGCAACAGAGAGACGUUUGAGCUCCGCUGAGCCAAUGGGAACCCAGACCUCCAAAAUCACACAGCAGAUUGUACGGCACAAGGCUCUCCAUGAGGAGGUGUCCUCUCGGGAGAAUGAUGUAGACCAUCUUGAGAUGCUCAGCCAAUCACUGCUCCCGCUCAGCUGUGUGGCUGAUCGAAAUUGGCUGGGCGAUCGUGUGGCGGCAGUGCGCAAUGGGCACACAGAGCUGCGUGAUUGGUGCGAUCGGAGAGAGGCCAUGCUGGAGCAGGCCCUGGCCAAUGCACAGCUAUUUGGAGAGGAAGAGGUGGAAGUCCUUAACUGGCUAGCUGAGGUGGCCCAGAGACUGGCUGAAGUUUCAGUACAGAGUUAUCAGCCGGAGCUACUAGAGCAGCAACACAAACACACACUGGCUCUUAAUGAAGAGAUUAUCAGCAGGAAGAAGACUGUGGACCAGGCAAUUAAGAAUGGACAAGCUCUGCUUAAACAAACCACUGGUGAGGAGGUCCUGUUGAUCCAGGAGAAGUUAGAUGGUAUCAAAAGCCGCUACGCAGAGAUGACAGCGGGCAGCAGCAAGGCCCUUCGUAUUCUGGAACAGGCCCUUCAUUUGGCCACACGAUUUGCUAGCUCACACGAUGACAUCAACCAAUGGUUGGAUAGCGUGGAGGCGGAGCUUAACAACGUUGAGGCAGAUACAACACCAGCCUAUCAGGACAGACAGAGGGAGCUGAAGUGCGUGUCUGCUGAGAAAAGGCUAGUUCUGGACACUGUGAAUGAGGUAGGCAGUGCUUUACUGGAUCUGGUGCCCUGGCGUGCACGGGAAGGCCUUGACCGCCUGGUCGCCGAUGCCAAUCAGCGCUACCGCCAAGCAGACGAGACCAUCACACAGAGAGUGCAGUUAGUGCAGGCUGCCAUCCAAAGGUCACAGCAGUAUGAAGAGGCAGUCGAUGCGGAGCUGACCUGGGUUGGAGAGACAGAGAGGAAGUUAGCAUCUCUGGGGCCUCUGAGUCUGGAGCCCGAUGUGACUGUGACACAGCUGCAGGUGCAGAGAGCCUUUAACAUUGACAUCAUCCGUCACAAAGACACCGUGGACCAACUCCUUAAGACACGAGAGGACAUCCUAGAGAGCUGCAGUGAACAGCAGAGAGAGGCUCUGAAGAUGAAGACGGACUCUUUAAGUGCUCGUUAUGAAGCAGUAAAUCAGAGUCAUGCUGAGCGCUUCUCAGCUCUGGAGCAGGCUCAGGUGCUGGUGGCUCGUUUCUGGGAGACACAUGAGGAACUUGAACCCUGGCUGGGCGAGACCGAGACUCUGAUUGCCCAGCUACCCCUUCCCGCCAUCGACACAGAGGCACUCAGACAACAGCAAGAACAGAUGAGGCUUCUGAGAGAAUCCAUCUCUGAGCACAAACCACACAUAGACAAACUGCUAAAGAUCGGCCCACAGCUGGCAGAAUUGAGUGCCCAGGAAGGAGCAACAGUGAGACAACGUUUUAAUGAAGCAGAGCGACGUUACAUCAAAAUCAAAGAAGACGUCAAAAGUAGAGCCACAGCACUGGAUGAAGCAGUGUCACAAUCUGUCCAGCUGGUAGAGUUCCAUGAUAAAAUGGACCCUCUGUUGGAGACUCUGGAAGGGGCGGUCCAGCGCUUGCGGCUGCCCCCUCCAGUGGCCGCUGAGGUGGAAAAGAUCCGGGAACAACUGACAGAGCACCGGGCAACAGGACUAGAGCUAGACAAACUCUUGCCAUCUUUCAGCGCCCUGUGUACCCGAGGAGAAGAGCUCAUCAGUCGAGCCCCACACGAUGAUCCUGCCGCACAGGCGGUGCGUUCACGACUCUUGCGUCUGCGCUCUCUGUGGGAUGAAAUCAGGCAGAGGGCGGAGGAAAGAGAAGGUAAACUUCAGGAUGUUUUAGAUCUCGCCGGAAAGUUCUGGGCUGACAUGGGCGCUCUUCUGAGCACGCUCCGUGACUCUCAGGACAUCGUGAAAGACCUGGAGGACCCGGGGGUGGAUCCCUCACUCAUAAAACAACAAAUAGAGGCAGCAGAGGCCAUUAAGGCAGAGACAGAUGGGCUGAGGGAAGAGCUGGAGAUUGUACAAACUCUUGGAGCUGACCUUAUCUUUGCCUGUGGAGAGACGGAGAAACCAGAGGUCAAGAAAACCAUUGAUGAGAUGAAUGCCGCCUGGGAAGGUUUGAACCGCACGUGGAGAGAGAGAAUGGAGAGACUUGAAGAGGCCAUGACUGACUCUGUGCAGUACCAGGAUGCUCUUCAGGGCAUGUUUGACUACUUGGACAAUGCUGUCAUCAAAUUGUGUGACAUGCCAGCUGUGGGGACAGACCUCAGCACUGUCAAACAACAGAUAGAGGAGCUCAAGCAAUAUAAAGUUGAGGUGUACCAGCAGCAGAUUGACAUGGAGAAGCUUAGUCACCAAGGAGAGCUGCUGGUCAGGAAAGUGAACGACCAAACAGACCGAGACAUGAUUCAAGAGCCUCUUACUGAGCUACGCCACCUGUGGGACAACCUGGUGGACAAAAUCACAAUCAGACAGCACAAACUGGAGGGUGCGCUCUUGGCUCUAGGUCAGUUCCAGCAUGCUCUCUCUGAGCUGCAGUCUUGGCUCAGUCACACUCACGCCACACUGGACACCCAGCGACCCAUCAGCUCUGACCCCAAGGCCAUCGAAAUUGAGCUGGCUAAGCAUCAUGUUUUAAGAAACGAUGUGCUGUCCCAUCGUGCCACUGUGGAGACAGUGAACAGAGCGGGCUCUGAGCUGCUGGAGUCCAGUCCUGGAGACGAAAUCAACCACCUGAGAGACCAGCUGGAUGAGCUCAACCGUAGCUGGAAGAACCUUCUGCUGAAGACUGAUGAGAGGCAGAAGCUUUUGGAAGCUGCCCUGCAACAGGCGGAGGGUUUCCAUGGAGAGUUGGAGGAGUUUCUGCAGUGGCUCAGACGCACAGAGAGUCAGCUGUCCGCUGCCAAACCCACAGGUGGCCUGCCUGAGACUGCCAGAGAGCAGCUGCAGCAACACAUGGAGCUCCAGACUCAGUUGACCCACAGGGGUGAGCAGUAUCAUCGCCUGCUGGAUAAGGGAGAGUCCAUUCUUCUGGCCAGAGGAGGGGAGGAUGCGGGACCUGGUACCACCCAGACCCAACAGAACUUGGCCAUGCUAACGAACAAGUGGGCCAGUCUCAAUGCCAAAAUGGAUGACAGAAGGGGUAAACUGGAGGAAGCUGUCUCAUUGGCGACAGGAUUCCAAUCCUCCCUGCAGGACACCAUUAACUGGCUGACACAGGCAGAGCAGACUCUCAACAUGGCUCAGCCACCCAGUCUCAUUCUCGACACCGUCCUAUUCCAGAUAGAUGAGCACAAGGUCUUUGUGAAUGAGGUGAACACUCACAGAGAGCAGGUUCUGGCUCUAGAGAAAGCUGGCUCUCAGCUGCGAUUUGCCAGUCUCAAACAGGAUGUGGUUCUCAUCAAGAACCUGCUGCUCAGUGUACAGGCCCGCUGGGACAAACUUGUACAGAGAUCACUAGACAGAGGACGCCACCUCGAUGAAGCCCGCAAGAGAGCCAAACAGUUUCAUGAGGCCUGGAGGAAGCUGACAGACUGGUUGGAGGAAGCAGAGAGCAGACUGGACUCUGAACUGGAAAUCUCUAAUGAACCUGACAAGAUUAAAAUCCAACUGGCCAAACAUAAGGAUUUCCAGAAGUCUCUUGGCUCCAAGCAGCCAGUGUAUGACACCACAGUGCGCUCUGGGAAGGCCAUGAGAGACAAAGCCACACUGCCGUCAGACACACAAAAACUGGAUCAUUUGUUGGGCGAGGUCCGUGACAAAUGGGACACCGUGUGUGGAAAGAGCGUGGAGAGGCAACACAAGUUGGAGGAAGCCCUCUUGUUCUCAGGUCAGUUCGCUGAGGCUCUCCAGGCACUUGUUGACUGGCUGUAUCGUGUGGAACCUCAGCUUGCAGAGGACCAGCCUGUCCAUGGAGAUCUGGAUCUCGUUUCCAACCUCAUGGAUUCUCAUAAGGUCUUCCAGAAGGAGCUUGGGAAAAGGACCAGUAGUGUGCAGGCUCUGAAACGGUCCGCUCGAGAGCUAAUGGAGACGGGCCGGGACGACACCGCCUGGGUCAAAGUUCAACUGCAGGAGCUUAGCAACCGCUGGGAAACAGUCUGUGCCCUGUCCGUUAUAAAACAGACUCGCCUCCAGCAGGCUCUCAAACAGGCAGAGGAGUUUCGCACAGCUGUUCAGAUGUUGCUGGAGUGGCUGUCGGAGGCGGAGCAAACAUUGCGUUUCCGUGGCGUCCUGCCAGAGGAAGUAGAGACUCUGCAGGUGCUAUUGCACACGCACCGAGAUUUCAUGCAGACGGUGGAGGAGAAGAGAGUGGAUGUGAAUAAAGCUGCUGGCAUGGGGGAAGCCAUUCUAGCCGUGUGCCACCCAGACUGCAUCACCACCAUCAAACACUGGAACACCAUCAUCAGAGCUCGCUUUGAAGAGGUGCUGACAUGGGCCAAACAGCACGAGCAGCGCUUGGAGACGGCUCUGGCUGAAUUGCUCAACAAUGCUUCACUACUGGAGGAGCUGUUGUCAUGGUUACAGUGGGCGGAGACCACGCUGGUGCAGCGUGACACUGAACCACUCCCCCAGGACAUCCCUCAACUGAAGACGCUCAUCACAGAGCAUCAGGUGUUUAUGGAAGAGAUGACCCGAAAACAGCCUGAUGUUGACAAAGUUACAAAGACAUACAAGAGGAAACCAGCAGAACAUCCCAGCAGUCUGUCAGACAGGAGAGGGGCCCGGAAACACCAGCAGCAGCAGCAACAACAGCAUUCGGUACAGGUAACCAGUGGUAACCCUCGCCUCACCCAGCUCUGCUCUCGCUGGCAACAGGUGUGGCUGCUCGCACUCGAUCGCCAGCGAAAGCUCAAUGAUGCUCUAGACAGACUAGAGGAGCUUAAGGAGUUUGCCAACUUUGACUUUGAUGUGUGGAGAAAGAAAUACAUGCGCUGGAUGAACCACAAGAAGUCUCGCGUCAUGGACUUCUUCAGACGCAUCGACAAGGACCAGGACGGAAAAAUCACACGCCAGGAGUUUAUCGAUGGCAUCUUGGCAUCAAAGUUCCCAACCAGCAAGCUGGAGAUGACUGCUGUUGCUGAUAUCUUUGACCGUGAUUGUGAUGGCUACAUCGACUACUAUGAAUUUGUAGCUGCUUUGCACCCCAACAAAGAUGCUUACAGACCCACAACAGAUGCUGAUAAAAUCGAGGACGAGGUCACCAGACAAGUGGCUCAAUGCAAAUGUGCCAAGAGGUUUCAGGUGGAGCAGAUCGGAGAGAACAAGUACAGGUUCUUCCUUGGGAAUCAGUUCGGAGACUCACAGCAGCUGCGUCUUGUGCGUAUCCUGCGCAGUACAGUCAUGGUUCGUGUUGGAGGUGGCUGGAUGGCGCUGGAUGAAUUCUUGGUGAAGAACGACCCUUGUCGAGUGCAACAUCCAGGGCUAAAAAUCCUGCGUUCUGACUCCAGCAGCUCCAUAUCAUCUCGCAUAGUGACGGUUACUCCUGGCUAUUUCUGCUGCAGAGCUCGUGGACGCACCAACCUGGAGCUUCGAGAGAAGUUUAUUCUUCCAGAGGGAGCUACGCAGGGUCUGGCGGCCUUCCGGUCCCGGGGGCGUCGAUCCAAACCUUCGUCGCGCACGGCCUCACCCACCCGCUCGUCUUCGUCGGCGUCGCACAGUGCCCACAGCUGCGCCUCUCUGCCCUCUGCACCCGCAACUCCCACAGCAUCCUCAAGGUCCACCCAAUCCCAAUCUCGUGACUAUGCCAAGCCCUGGCUGGCACACAGUAAAACUCCAACUCCAACCAAGUGCCAGUCCUGCCCAGAGCACAGCCAGACCCCUGGGCAUGAGGGAGGCUCCACAACUAAACUGAAGAGACCAACUUUCCAUUCCAGCCGUGGCUCCUUAACUGGGGAGAACGGUGGAACACCAACCGCUGCUAAACCUGGACGCUCUGACACCAAACGCACUCCGUCCUCGACGAGCGGCCCAGCCAGUCGCGCAGGGAGUCGCGCUGGGAGCCGAGCCAGCAGCCGGAGAGGCAGCGACGCUUCAGACACGUCUGAGCUCAUGGAGACCCGCUCGGCUUGUUCCGAUACCUCAGACACCCCUCGCCGGCCUGGGGCCAAACCCUCCAAAAUCCCCACCAUCUCCAAGAAGACCCCUAGCCCCAAAACACCAGCGGGCAAGAAAUGAAGUCUGUGGUGGUUCUGAUUUAACCAGCAGGAGGAGAACACCAACACCAGACUCUCACCUCUCCAGCGCCCGCACACUGCUACACCACCCAGAUUAAUACCCACCAUAAUGCUGCCUUAUUUGUGUUCUACAUCAUGUCCUUAAUUUAACCGACAUUCGUUUUCUUGAAUGUGCGAUGGAGAGCAUCCUGUGUGAGCAGAUACACACAGAGGGACAUCAAUUCUGCACCAGGGGUUUCCACUGUUCAUCUCUAUGAAUAUGCAAUCGCCCGUCACUCUCCAAACCUCAUCAGACAUGCAUGGUUGUCACUUUGGAGAUGUUUGGUUGGACGCACUCACGUAUACAGACCAGCUGGCCUCUCGCCCAGGUGUCUGUACCACUGCUAACAAGAGGAAGUCAAUUUUGAGACCUUUUCCUCCUCGGCACUUGGAACUUUUUGGACUCGUGUGCGUGUUUGUGUGUGUGUGUGUGCGUGUGUGUGUGUGUGUUUGUAUGUACGUGUGUGGUAGUUCCUGUCAUGGUAAAUUAACGCAGUAAUAAGGAGAAGAAGUGGAGGAGGACGCAUAUCUCAGCCUUGUGACGAGAAGACUAGAUCCUUCUCGAUCCUUUUAAAGGAGCCCCUAUUGCACACAGCACACGAGUUUCAUGCACUCGCACCCACAGUCUUCUCCGCAGUCUAGUCGUGUCCUUUUGUUACAGACGUCAUGUUACAGAGCUUUUCCACAGUAUGCAAAAAUGAUUACAAUUGUGAAUGUUUGUUUCAUGGUUAAUUUAUAAUCUUGACGUUUUGUUUGUUUUCUCGGGUAAAGAGCUGUAUUUAUUUGUGAUUGCCGUAUCAUAUCAACUCUUGAGAAUGACUAGUAUUAACACAAGCGGAAUCACUCUUCUUUUCGUUUUCGUACAUCCGCUCCUGACGUAAUGAAUUGCUUUGACUGAUCAUUGCUGAUGUUAACUGACCAGGAAGCUUACUGAUUCCAAUGGUGGCCUUUUUGCCGGUGACUACACACUUUAGAUGACGUCAAAAGUGGCUUCCUACUUGUUCUUUCGUGAAGGAAGCGUCCUAGAUAAUGGAUGAUGGGGGCGGCUCGCGCAGCCCCCGUUAAAAACAGCGCUUUGAAUCUUGUCUUUGACAAGCUGAAGUAUAUGAAUACCUGAAGAAAGGUGAUUUUUAUUUAUUUAUUGUGUCAUUUGGAGGGGGGUGAGGGCUAUGAAAGGAUCCACCUUUUGAUUGUGUUACUCUUUUUGACAUGACUGAGAGAAACAGGGGUGCAAUUGUGUAAAAGUAAAGAAGCUAUGGUUAUAAAUCCUUUUUGUUCUCUUUUGUAUUAAAACAAUGCUUGCAGUACAA